AUUAGACUUACGGCCCAUUUUCGAAAUUCCGAUCUUCCGCCUCACACAACACUUGCAACGAUUCCGGAAAGUCCAGUUCUUAGGGUUUGCUGCACUUUGCACAAAGUCCUGAAAUUUUCUUCCCCGGCGUAUAAUUCAUCGGUGAAAUCUCCUAAUUUGCUUGUAAUUUUCUUAUCUCUAGUGAAUCUCAAGCUGAUGCAUUGAAUUUCUUGCCUCCAAUCUCGUCUCUCCGAUGUCCGGCUCUUGUAAGAAUUGCCACAGCAGGUCCAUCUUCCGUGACGAUGUUUCCGGAAACCAGAUUUGCUCCUCCUGCGGAAUUGUUCAGGAAUUUGACAAUUAUGACGCUCAGCUUGGCGGUAUCAAUGGUCCACAGGGCACAUUCGUCCGCGUUGGAACAUCAGGUUCGGGCAGCGUUUUGAAUUAUAAGGACAAGAAGAUCUAUGAGGCUCAAAAAGUUAUUGAAGAUAUUACGUUUAGGUUAGGAUUUUCUGCUUCUAAAUCCAAUGAUGUUAGGAUUUUAGUAUCGACGAUUACAGAGGGCGAGUAUGGAUUAGGUGAUUGGUUCCCAAUUCUCGUUGGUGCUUGUGCGUACGUUUCUAUGCGCAAGGAUAGUCGGCCAUUAUCAAUGUCAGAAGUUGCAUCUGCCGUCGAAUGUGAUCUUCAUGAACUUGGCAGAAUGGUUAUGAGAGUUGUUGAAUUUUUGGAUUUGAGAGGGUCUGAGUUUCCGGUGUUUGAUAUUGUGGGGUCAUUAGAGCGGGCCGCUAGGAACUCACCUUCUUUCUCAAGAUUAGAAGCUGAUAUUCUUGAGAGAAUUGUUAAGCAAGGAAUUUUUUUGCUACAAUGUGCUAUGAAAUGGUUUCUGACAACUGGGCGGCAACCGCUACCAAUGGUGGCUGCGGUGUUAGUUCUGGUGUCGAAAUUGAAUGAGGUUGAUGUUAGUAUUGAGAAUGUAGGAAUGGAGGUUCAUGCGAACGUUUCAACAUGUAAAAAGAGGUAUAGGGAACUUCUGGAGGCACUUGUGGAAGUUGGAAAAAAGUUGCCUUGGGGAAAAGAUAUCACGACAAAGAAUAUUGUAAAGAAUGCUCCUUUUGUGAUUCAAUAUAUGGAAUUGAAAUCAAUGUCAAAGGCCAGUGGUAAGGGGAAGGACUUGGAGAAUGUGGAGAUUGAUUUGCAGUCUGCAGUGAGUGAGUGUUUAAGAAAAGAGCUUGAGUAUGAGAGUGAGGUUUAUAAUUUAGAAGACGAUUCUCAGUAUUUUGAGUUACAACGCAGUAGAUGGCAGGAUGAAUCGAAUCGUGAUAAUGGGAACAGGCUCAAUAUUUCACAUGAAUGUUUAUCCUUAAUUUAUAAUAAAUUUUUAGAUGAAAUGGCUGAGCUCAGGUCGUCGGGUGGUAUUAAUGAGGUCUAUGGUACAAAGCAGGGAAGAAAAACUGGUUUUUACUCAAGUACAGAGUGGUGGGAGGGGAAAUCAGAAUUAAGCAAAAAGCUUCUAUUGCAGCAAUUAUUGGAGACUGAUAUAGGGUCGCAGGGUAUCCCACCAUCAUUUGUUUCGAGUUGCAAUGCAUACGAAAGGAGGAAGGAGAAAGUAAAUGCUGCUAAGAAGCGAAUCCAGAGGAUUAUGCACCCUUCAACUGCUCCAGCUGAUGAUGUAAAUAUUAAGAAGAAAAGAAAGCGUAAGGGAGCUGAUGUUAUAGAAUGGGAAGAUAUAAUAAUUGAAACCCUUCUUCUCCAUGGAGUACAGGAGGAGGAAAUUGAGAAGGGCCAUUACAAGGUCUUGUUGGACUUGUACGUCUUCACUUCUUCAACUUUUUAGACGUUUUUUUUCCAUAUGGAGACAAUACUGAAAGUGUAUAGGAAGGUACAGGCAAAGAUCUGAAUAUCUGAGAAAUAAGAUGUAGAAUUUUCAGCACAAAGAGAAGUUAUUUCUGGUUGAUAUUGUUGAUUGAUAAAGAUUUUGGAUGUUCAUUUAUGAAUUCAGUCGGAACUUGAGUUAAAAUUUGUAAACAAUUCUUGGAAUUCUGGCUGGCAAUACAGAUGAUGAAUUGACUAGAAAGCAACUCCUAUUUGUUUCAAAUUGUUGUCUUGUUUUGUUCUGGAACUACAUAAAAUGGUCUAUUCGAAUUACGUCAA